CGCGUUCGGCUGCACACGCGCUCGGGGUCGCCUGGCGUGAGCGCCUGUUUUUCCAAUUGUAAAGUUGGUCUCGGCCUCCGGGUCUGGAAAUAGGCGAGGAGCCCGGCGUAUACACUCGCGCCCAGCUGUUGCUCGCGGGGGCGUUGUCCCCCGGGGCCAGAUGGCGACUGUGGACAGUCCCCUCUAUUUGCGCGCCUGCCCCGCGGCGAGCCCAGACCUUAAGCCUUAAGGGUAUAAAAGGCCUCAUGAGCUUAGACUUGAGCGGCGGAUGCCUUCGCGAAUAUCAGAAGGGUCUUCAGCCUGGAGGCACGCACGGGAAGGUGCUCGAGUUUUUGGGGCCCUAGGGCCUAUUGGGCCCUCUUCACCUGGGCUCUCUCUUGGGGGACUUGCAGUGAAUGAGCACCGGCUCGGCAACAAACUGCUGGCCUGGAGUGGCGUGCUGGAGUGGCAGGAGAAGCGUAGACCCUUCUCGGACUCCACAGCCAAGCUGAAGCGCACCCUGCCCUGCCAGGCCUACGUGAACCAGGGCGAGAACCUGGAGACGGACCAGUGGCCCCAGAAGCUGAUCAUGCAGCUCAUCCCACAGCAGCUGCUGGCCACGCUGGGCCCCCUCUUCCGAAACUCUCAGCUGGCCCAGUUCCACUUCACCAACAGAGACUGUGACUCGCUCAAGGGCCUCUGCCGCAUCAUGGGCAACGGCUUCGCAGGCUGCAUGCUCUUCCCCCACAUUUCUCCUUGCGAGGUGCGCGUGCUCAUGCUCCUGUACUCAUCCAAGAAGAAGAUCUUCAUGGGCCUCAUCCCCUACGACCAGAGUGGCUUUGUCAAUGCCAUACGGCAGGUCAUCACCACGCGCAAACAGGCCGUGGGCCCUGGAGGCGUGCACUCUGGACCUGUUCAGAUUGUCAACAACAAAUUCUUGGCAUGGAGUGGUGUCAUGGAAUGGCAGGAGCCCAGGCCUGAGCCCAAUAGCCGGUCCAAGAGGUGGCUGCCAUCCCACGUCUACGUGAACCAAGGGGAGAUCCUGAGGACAGACCAGUGGCCACGGAAGCUGUUCAUGCAGCUCAUCCCGCAGCAGCUGCUGACCACCCUGGUGCCGCUGUUCCGAAACUCGCGCCUGGUACAGUUUCAUUUCACCAAGGACAUGGACACUCUGAAGAGCCUGUGCCGCGUCAUGGACAAUGGCUUCGCGGGCUGUGUGCACUUCUCUUACAAGGCCUCCUGUGAGGUGCGCGUGCUCAUGCUCCUGUACUCCUCGGAGAAGAAGAUCUUCAUCGGCCUCAUCCCACACGACCAGAGCAACUUUGUCAAUGGCAUCCGUCGCGUCAUCGCCAACCAGCAGCAGGUCCUGCAGCGAAGCCUGGAGCAGGAGCAGCAGCAGCGAGGGAUGGGUGGCUAGUGGACUCCCCGGCUGGGUGGGCCACAGGCCCAGACGAGGCCCAGUGGAGAUUGGUGAGCAGCACGUUUUCCCAGGAAGCAGCAGGGAGGCCCUGGCUUUAGGGAAGCCACUGCAUGAGGCACUGCCUUCUGGGACGUGUGUCCCUGGCAAGGUAUGGGUGCCAGGGCCUAGGGGUGGGGUGCAGUCUCACGAGUAGAAGCCACCCCCUCCUACUGCCUCCCAGGUUAGAUGCUUCUGAGCAGGGGCUCCUGGGGACUGUACCUGCCCAGCAACCUGGAGGACAGCGUCCUGAGGUCUCCAAGGAUUGUCCUUGCCUCUGUAUGUUUCCCUAAUAAAGCCUUUUAACCCACA